CGAAGCAAUUUUUGUAUCUCUUUCUUUGUAAUACUGUAUGUAUUCAAUCAUUUCGAAUUGAUCACUUCCCACUGGGCACAUACAUCAAUUCAAUGUUUAUUCCACGUUGGUUCAACGUAAUUUAAUUGAAAUUACAUGGAUAUUGUGUCACAGUGAAUUUUAUAAUCUGCAGUCAAUUUAAUUGUUUUCAUGUGCCAUGAUUCAGACAUUUCACAUAUGAUCCUCAUAGGAUUAGGCUACAUAAUUACAGUGGUGCAGUAAAUGUAAUCUCAAUUCAAUACGAUGUGCAUAUACUGUACAUAUAGCCAAUAUAGCUAUUAAACCCAUGUUCAGUGACUGUAAUCUGUGACGCAAGUGGCCUAAUAUGUUUGUGACGUUCCAUGGAACCCACGGUAUUGUUUAAAACUAGAUUCUGAUUGGCUUGCAGGUCAUUCUACAGUGUAAAUUAUAAAUGAAAACGUGCUUUUGUAUCAGUGUUACAGAUUCACAAAACCGAGCGUGUCUCAACCUGUACCACGCUUUUAUCUGCCUAAAGGUAUCUUCAUGCACGACUGGAUAGGCCUUUUGGAUACGCUUGUCCAAGGUAAGGAUAUGCGUCAAGCUAUAGCCUACUUUUAAUCUUUUAGUUCCGAACUCAAGUUACUCCAGUCAAGUGAUUAAUCGUAAAAGUUUGUUGUUUUUCACUGAGCAGUCCAAUGGCCAAUAACAUGCAUUAGGCAUUGCUCAAAUCAGUGUCUAGGUCAGAAUAUAAAGUUGCUACUUCCGUCAACUCAAGUUACUCAAUUCAAGUGAUUAAUUGUAAGAUUGACUUGUUUUGACUGUCAAAACAAAUAACUUUGAUGGCAUAUUCCAAAUUAUAAUGGCAAUUAUGCAUCACAAAUUCACAAUAUUACUUGUAUUUCAAUGAUUUAUCCAGGCCCAAGACAUAAAGUCUUCUGAAAGCUGUGUAGCAAUCAUUCCAUUGCUGACCCAUAGGAUGGUAAUCACAUACAUGAUUGGCUUAAUCUAGAAUCAUGGAUGCCUUUCAUGUGAGUACACACACCACAUUUUUUUUUUUUUUACAUAUCUCAGAAGGAAGAUACCUCAAUAUCUGGAAGCACUGUCUCAUGUACAAUUGUUAAUGCUAUCUCUGAAAUGUCUAACAAAAUGUUGACUUGAUUGUUUCAUCAAGACCUUCUCAUCACAAGUUGGAACUAGUGGUCAACAUUGGGACAAUGCAGCCAUAAUUAACAUGGACCAAUAUUUUCAUGGAGUGAGCAAGACCUGCCAGCAGAGCUCACUGGAGCAGGGAGACAUCCCGUCAUCCUUUUGGCACCUGACAAAAUCAUCACAGCAGCCGAAGUUGCUGUGCAGAGGGAGGAGAUCCUCCAAGCAUCAGGCCUCAUCCCGUCACAGAGGGAGGGUAUCCUCCAAACAGCCAGUGUCCCUGCACAGACGGAGGGUAUUCUCCAAACAGCCAGUGUCCCUGCACAGAGGGAGGGGAUUCUCUCAGCAGCUUGCAUCACUGCACAGAGGGAGGAGAUCCUCCGAACAUCAGGCCUCAUCCCUGUACAGAGGGAGGGAAUUCUCCAAACAGCCAGUGUCCCUGUACAGAGGGAGGGGAUCCUCCAAACAGCCAGUGUCCCUGUACAGAGGGAGGGGAUCCUCCAAACAGCCAGUGUCCCUGCACAGAGGGAGGGGAUCCUCCAAACAGCCAGUGUCCCUGCACAGAGGGAGGGGUUCUCCCAGCAGCUCUAAUCAUUGCAAAGAAGACGGAGAUCCCCCGAGCAUCAGGCCUCAUCCCUGCACAGAGGGAGGGGAUCCUCCGAGCAUCAGGCCUCAUCCCGUCACAGAGGGAGGGGAUUCUUCCAGCAUCUUCUAUCACUGCGCAGAGGAAGAUCCUCAGAGCAUCAUGCCUCAUCCCUGCACAGAGGGAGGGGAUUCUCCCAGCAGCUAGCAUCACUGCGCAGAGGGAGGAGAUCCUCCGAACAUCAGGCCUUAUCCCUGUACAGAGGGAGGGGAGUGGAUCGUUCCAAAUGCUAGUGUCCCUGCAGAGAUGGAGGAGAUCUUCCUCACAACCAGUGUCCCUGUGAAGAAUGGACACAAUCAUCCACAACCACCUCCCAUCAUCCCCAUGGUGGCACCACUGUGGAAAUGGGAUGGUGGAGCAUGUACUCCACCUGUGGAUUUCUAUUCAAAGAGAAGAGAUGUCCGACUUCGAUAUGUUGAGCAUCCUGCUAUGAUGUCCAUCACCAAGCCGGACCACUCCGAGGCCAACCCUCAGUGCCAGAAUGGCAGCCGGCCGGUGGCUGAGCCCAAGACCCCUGCUGUUCACAAUAACAGUGGAGGCUGGCUCAGCUGGGUCUUUGGGAGUGGAAGAGUUAAUAAGAAGGAGGUUCAUCUACCUGAGGACAAAGACAGAUCUAUUGUCUGGGAUCCAACUCUGCACAGAUGGGUUAACAAAACUGAGCCCAAGGCUGAGAACAAGUGUGUACCACCACCUCCACCGAUGGGGACAUAUGGAUAUCAGGGGAACACUGGCAGUGUCCCCAAAGGAGUGAAUCCUUACUCUAAGAAAGCAGCAGGUCUAUGGGGCAGCAGAUACCCUACAAUGCAUUACAAUGAUGGGACCAACUCAAAGCCUCCAAGCCAUGGGCCUGGACUGCUUCCUAGACAGCGCUCUGGCUUGCUCCCUCCUUCACACUUUGACCUCAUGGCACCAAUGGUUGUGCCACCUGACACUCUACCCUACUGAGGUAUGACUCUGGAAAAUCCUUCCAAAUUGUAUCCAUUCAUUAUUAACUGAGAUUUUUCUUUAACAUAGCAAGUGGCUGAAAUAGCAAGGAUGUGAACUAUUUUUUAUUUUUG